AUGAGCAGGGGCUCUCGCGUCGCUGAGGAUAAGGGCUUACAGCAGCUGGGUCCCCGACAGCAGAGCAGGGUGCAGGACAUUAGCAACCUGAGGGAGAAAAGAAGUGAUGGCGGUGUACGUGACGGCUACGAGAGCAGUGUCAAGUUCACAGCAGCUGCAGCAACAACAACAUCAGGAGCAGCAGUGGAAGCAAGAACAACAUCAGGAGCAGCAGAGGGAGCAACAACAACAUCAGGAGCAGCAGAGGGAGCAACAACAACAUCUGGAGCAGCAGAGGGAGCAACAACAACAUCAGGAGCAGCAGAAGCACAGAAGCAGCAACAACAACAUCAGGGGCAGCAGAAGCAGCAACAUCAACAUCAGGGGCAGCAGAAGCAGCAACAACAACAUCAGGGGCAGCAGAAGCAGCAACAGGAUCCACAGCGACCCAGUGUACAAAGGUUGCCACCACUGGUCAGCCGGCCGACCCCUCACCACCCAGAAAGGGCCACAGCUAAAACAUCAACUGUUGAUGCGGGACGUCCAGCAGAUAUAAUACUGCCAUCAUCCCAACACUCACCACUCCAGCCGGUAACAAAAGCGGUGCGACCAAGGCAACAACUUUUUAAACUGUUGGCGCGGCAGAGUCAACUUCAUGCACAAACACAACAGCAGCUACAACGCUCUAUACAGCAGCAAAGGAAGAAACAGGACAACCAACAACAGCAACAGGACCAAGGAGAACAGCAGGAGGUGCCGUUGUCGACUCCAACCAUCCAGCCUCAACAGAUUCUGCCAACCUCCCAGAGCGACGCUCCUCGAACUCUUCGCCCCAUUAGUUUCCAACUGGGUGCCCGCGUACGGGGCCGGUACCGCCGUCCUUCCAGUAUUCAAGGGGGGCGCAGCGCCCACAGGGACCAACAUGGAGCGGGGAAAAGGUUACGGGCCCGUCCCCGAUACGUGCGGCCACAACACCCAAGACAACUGCAGAAGUCUUCCUCAGCUACUCUCAUCACCCCACUUUCUGCACGAUCCAAGAACCGUCCUGAUGACUCACGUAAUGACCAAUGGACUCCCAAUCCUGAAUACACGACAUUAAGGUUGUUGUCUACCACACAGUCCAACACCUCACAAACCACUCACACAACGGCUCAGCCUCCUGCAUCGUCUGUCGCUAACACCAACAUUGACCUGCAGCGCAUCAGAAAAUUAUUUUCACAAGUGCAAGAAAGAACUAAAGCCGCUGAGGCUGCUAAAAACGCUAAUUCUUCUCUUGAUAACUCUAGCAGCGUUGAUCUCACGACAACCUCAUCUCACCGUCAUUAUUCCUCUACUUACACUAAAGUGACACGCAGCGGGUCUACGAUGGCGCCUACAUCUUCCUCCCCCUCCCCACCAUCCUUAUCUACAGCUACAAAGAUUACUGUUACUUCCACACCUCGAAAACUGACUACACUCAUACCUCCAACAAUAGUUACACCCAUACUUACAACACCAGCUACACCCAUACCUCCAGCACCAGCUACACCCAUACCUCCAGCACCAGCUACACCCAUACCUCCAACAACAGCUACACCCACACCUCCAGCACUAGCUACACCCAUACCUCCAACAACAGCUACACCCACACCUCCAGCACCAGCUACACCCAUACCUCCAACAACAGCUACACCCAUACCUCCAGCACCAGCUACACCCAUACCUCCAACAACAGCUACACCCAUGCCUCCAGCACCAGCUACACCCAUACCUCCAACAACAGCUACACCCAUACCUCCAGCACCAGCUACACCCAUACCUCCAACAACAGCUACACCCAUACCUCCAGCACCAGCUACACCCAUACCUCCAACACCAGCUACUCCCAUACCUCCAACACCAGCUACACCUAAACCCCUAUUUCUGACAACUAUGCCUACAUCUUCAGCCUCGGGAACCACGGUAAUACCUCCAGUCUCAAUCACCACAUUUCCAUCUCUGGUCCCAGAAGUAGCUUUAAAUAAAUCCGUUUCUUCCCCAGCAAUUGCAGCAUAUAUUAUCCCUAAGCCACACACCGUAGCAGCUGUACCACUACCAGUCUACACCACCACAACCAAUCCUCUGUUAGGUGCAGCUCCCCCACUAAAUUUAGGGAUCACUAGAGCAGAACCCAAAUCCACAGUCCUUAAAAGUAGCACUGUAUUGUCCCAGUCGACCAGGCCUUCACCGCUACACAGUUCACUAAGCCCAGCUGGUGUGGCUUUCCUCAAAAAAUUUAACCUGCUUGGUUUUGCUGGCAGUAAGGACCAGCAGCAACCAUCAUUACAAGGUGAAGUUCCUGUGGCUACCAGCGGUGUGGACGGACACACCUCUGCUUUCUCCAGUUUGUUAGGAAGAGGAAAUGUGCCCAACCUUGGUGGUCUUAGUAGCAACAUCGAGAGUAUAGAGGGAUUCAGUCAUAACCAGGGUUUAGGCAGCUUGGGUGGAGAUUCACAUCAGUUUGGGCAGCAACAAAACCCUGGAUUAGGUGGUCUAGGCUACCUUGAACUCUUGUCUAGUCUGGGCGUAAAUCUAGGUCAGCAAGGUGGUCAGUCAUCAUCACCAGAGCUGUCACUCACAAUCAGUGGCCAGGGUAUCUCAGGUCAGCAGCAGCAGGGAGCCGGCCUCGGGAUUUUCUCAGGGUUGUCUGGUUUAGGACUGACAGGAUUUGGGAACUUGGCCAACUUAGGAAACUUUGGCAGUUCUAUUCCAGGACUUGGUAGUAUAGGAGGUGGGUCGAGUGGCUCUGAUAGUGGUACUGUGGUUGGGCUCAGUGAUUUGUCUGUUUCCGGAAAGGGACCGGGCGGUUUAGGAACUCUAAGUGAUUUUGGUAGCGGGUUAAGUAAUCUGGGUGGUGGUGGGUUAAGUAGUAGAUUGCUAAGUGGACUAAAUGGGCGUGGGUUUAGUGGUCUAGCUGGUGGUGGGUUAAGUGGUCUAGGUGGUGGUGGGUUAAGUGCAUAA